AAGGUGCGCCGCUGACACGCUGCCGUUUUUCUUCACAGCUCGCAGUCUUCUGAGCGGCAGAUUCGUUGCUGAGGCUGCCUGGUAUUUCCGGUGUGAUCCGGAACUCAUAUCUGCAUCCGGGUAACGACAAGUUGCACCAGGAGUGGGGAAGAAUGAGGCUGAGCGUGAUAGUCCUGAGCGUCCUCUGUGUUGCCUGCGCUGCUACCGUGCUGGAGCAGAAGCUUCAUGAGUUUGUAAGUGGGCAUGUGUUGGAUCAACUGCCGCAGAAUGAGAGGAUCCUGCUGGCGCAGCUGGUGGCUACAGCUGAAAGAAAUGAGCUGAAGGAGUUCCUGGACUUAGUGGGGCCAUUACCUGUCUUCCAGCUCAUCUCAGAUCUGCCAGCAAAGCAAAUUCACAACCUGACUCGCUAUCUCAGCCAGGCCCUCAUUGCCGAGGCUGCAGCCGUACCGCCGUCACUCCUACUCCAUUGGAACCCCUUGUUGGGCUUACUUGGUGUUCGCACGAGACACAAUUGAUACCAUCUUGUGUCGUCAUUGACGACGACGUAUACUGAUUAAAUGUCUUCCCUAAAAAAAUA